AUGGCCACUAGCCUUUAUGAUGAUUUGGAUGUACUUGACGGUGUUCCCCUCACCGACGCUGACAUUGGAGGUUCUUCUCCUUCAUCUGGCGCGCCGUUAGUUGGCCUCCGAGUGGCUGCAAACUGGAGUGCGUCUGAUGAAGAAUCUCCAAGCGUGUAUGGUCCUGGAGCGAGCACAACAAAUGCGCAAACGAGUCUGAAAUUUAUGCAAUCUCAUAUGGCAGCCAAGCGUGCUCAAGGCCGCCGCGAUGCACUCGGAGGCCAAAUCAGCUCCAAGCCUACUGUGGCUCCUGUUGUGGACUUGAAGCAGCGUACCGCAUCAGAUGGUGCCUUCAGAUUUAAUCAACACACCGGUCGCUUGGAACGUGCAAAUCUCCUCGCUUCUUGCCGCAGUCUCGGUGGAUACUCUUCUCCUGCCAUGUCCGCCGUGGGUUUAAUGUUUGGCGAGCCAAAUUUGCCUCUAGGAGUUUCUGAUGAGUACAAUCCGCUCCUACCAAACGAAUACGAAGAACUCGCACGAAUUAAGAGAGAAAGGAGACGGGCUGAGGAAUCAGCUAUAAAUGCUGCUGCGCACCGCAUCGAUGGCGAAGUGUCUGGAAUGUGCAGGCGCCCCGACCUCUCAGACGAAGAGGAGGACGAUGAUGACAUACUAACCGCGGCUUCUGGGCGACGUGCGCAAGUAGCCCGACCCCCAUACAAGGGUGCUGCGAUAGCACCACCUUCUUCUUUGGUGGAAGAUACGACAAUGGAAUCGAACGCUGAAAGUGCAAUGGAUACGGACGACAGCGACGCGGUCUCGGCAACCAGCAAGUUUGGAAUAAACGUUGUCGCGGCAAAAAUGAUGGCGCGGAUGGGCUACCGUGAAGGCCAGGGACUUGGACGAGAGAGUCAGGGUAUGUCGACUGCGCUGGUAGUGGAGAAGACCAGUCGUUUGGGAGGAAAGAUCAUCCACGAACGGGAUCAACAGCAGCGAUUGAGACAUUCACAGACUGCAAGACCAUUGCCAGUGUCGGAUGUGACGGCGGAAGAAACGUUCAACAAUUUGCCCCUGCCAGAAAAUCGAAGUUGCGUUAUUUUGUUACGCAAUAUGUGUGGUUCUGGUGAGGUAGACGACGAUUUGGAACCGGAAACGGCCGAGGAAUGUGCGAAAUAUGGCAAAGUGGUUACAUGCAUGAUUUUUGAGCUUCCGGAUGCUCCAGACGACGAAGCGGUACGCAUUUUCGUGGAGUUCGAUUCAGAGGAAUCAGCCACAAAAGCCGUGCUGGAUCUGAACGGACGCUUCUUCGCACGUCGUGUGGUAAAAGCCGGAUUUUAUGACGCCGAGAAAUUCCGCAAUCUUGAACUGGCCGAUGACCCUAUUUCAGCAUAA